UCCCCAACCAAAAUGGCGGCGACAGCGGUGAUGGUGAUGAUGGGUCGGUGGAGGCAGUGAGCGACUCCGCUUGUCGCCGCCACUGUCACAAGUGGAGUGGGACUCUAGAAUUCGCUUUCUUUAUUUCUUUUAAUCGUGAUUUCACCACAAACACACGCACACGAAUUCGUGUCCUCAUCCUUCAUCUCCUCUAAACGUCUCCUCCGGGCCUUGCGAGCACCGGCUGGCGGGGCCGCAGUCAGCUCCAUCCAUGCUCAGGAAGCGGCCACUUCACGAACGAUGUGUGAAAUCUGCACAGACCUAGUGGAGGUGUUAAAUGAGAUAUCAGACACUGAAGGCAGUGAUGGAUUACAGCUCAGAAAAGAACAUGCUCUCAAGAUAUUUGCCUACAUCAACUCCUGGACACAAAGGCAAUGUCUGUGCUGCUUUAAGGAGUAUAAGCACCUGGAGAUCUUUAACCAAGUGGUAUGUUCCCUUAUUAACUUGGUGAUCGGGCAGGUCCAAGCCCUGCGGGACCAGCUUUUGAAAAUUUGCACUACUAGCCCCAGUUCAAACUGGCAGGAUGAGAAUAAUUCAUCUGAGGAGCUGCUGAAUGUGGAGAAGGAUAACCAUCAAGAGGAGGUGGAGGAUGAGGGACGCACAGAUUCAUGCAAAGACCCUGAAAAGAAGCUGGAACCCUCAAGGACUUGUAACCCGUCAGAAGAAGAAUCGUCGAAAAGCACUGACCCGUUUAAUUUAUGGAGUACUGACGAAAAAGAAAAACUAUUGUUGUGUGUGGCAAAAAUCUUUCAGAUCCAGUUCCCUCUCUACACUGCUUAUAAGCAUAACACACAUCCGACAAUAGAGGAUAUCUCUGCACAAGAAAGCAAUAUACUAGGGGCCUUCUGUGACAUGAAUGAUGUGGAAGUACCUUUGCACCUUCUCCGUUAUGUAUGUCUCUUCUGUGGAAAGAAUGGCCUUUCCCUUAUGAAGGAUUGCUUUGAAUAUGGAUCUCCCGAGACGCUUCCCUUUCAAAUAGCUCAUGCGUUCAUCACUGUCGUAUCAAACAUUAGAAUAUGGCUGCAUAUCCCCGCUGUCAUGCAGCAUAUUAUACCGUUUAGGACAUAUGUCAUAAGGUAUUUGUGUAAAUUGUCAGACCAGGAACUGCGACAGAGCGCAGCCCGGAAUAUGGCUGACUUAAUGUGGAGCACGGUGAAAGAGCCUUUGGAUACUGCUUUGUGCUUUGACAAAGAGAGUCUAGAUUUGGCUUUCAAGUAUUUUAUGUCCCCCACACUAACAAUGAGGCUUGCUGGCCUAAGUCAGAUAACGAACCAACUGCAUACUUUUAAUGAUGUCUGCAAUAAUGAAUCUCUCGUCUCCGACACGGAAACCUCUAUUGCUAAGGAGCUUGCGGACUGGCUUAUCGGCAAUAAUGUUGUAGAGCAUAUAUUUGGACCAAACCUGCACGUUGAGAUCAUCAAACAGUGCCAAGUAAUCCUGAACUUUCUGGCUGCAGAAGGUCGGCUGAGCACGCAACACAUCGAUUGUAUUUGGGCGGCUGCGCAGUUAAAACAUUGUAGCCGCUAUAUACACGAUUUGUUUCCUUCAUUGAUCAAAAACUUGGAUCCUGUGCCUCUGAGACACCUGCUGAACCUUGUAUCCUGCCUUCACCCAAGCGCUCACACCGAACAGACAUUGUAUUUGGCAUCGAUGCUGAUUAAAGCUCUCUGGAAUAAUGCAUUAGCAGCCAAAGCUCAGCUUUCCAAACAGAGCUCCUUUGCAUCUUUAUUGAAUACCAACUUACCGAUGGGAAAUAAGAAAGGCUCUCCUACUCAGAGCAGCGAUAAUAGUGACACUCACCACAGUGGCGGCAGUGACAUAGAAAUGGAUGAACAGAUCAUGAAUAGAUCAAAGCAUGUGCAGCAGCGCCUGUCUGAUACAGAGGAAUCCAUGCAAGGGAGUUCAGAUGAGACGGCUAACAGCGGUGAGGAUGCAAGCAGUGGUCCUGGGAGCAGCAGCGGCCAUAGUGAUGGAUCAAGUAAUGAAGUGAAUUCCAGCCAUGCAAGCCAAUCGGCUGGCAGUCCAGGCAGUGAGGUACACUCGGAGGAUAUUGCCGAUAUGGAAGCCCUGAAAGAAGAUGAAGAGGAAGAUGAAAGAUCCCACAAUACCCCGAAAAACAGAGUUGCUGAAAUGCAGAAGAGAAAGUUGGAAUCUCAGUCUGGCAUUUGUUUGGGGGAAUCCCAGGGUCCAGCAGACAUAAGCACUAGCAACGGUGCUAACAAGGACCUGGUUUUUAAUUCGGAGUCUGUACAACCAGGAGAUAGUCGUAUACGGAUCUUGGAUUCCUGCUCGCAUCCAGAAGAGCCUGAGCAUGAUAUCACAGGAGAGAUAAGUGGUGGCCAUCUGCAAGGUUCUCAUGAUACUUGCAUCACUCGUACCGGAGAUUUUCUUGGAGAAGCCAUUGGAAAUGAACUCUUCAACUGCAGACGGUUUAUUGGACCUCAGCACCAUCAUCACCACCACCACCAUCAUCAUCACCAUCACCAUCAUCACAACCACCACCAUCACGAAGGGCACAUGGUUGAUGACAUGUUAAGUGCGGAUGAUGUUAGUUGCAGUAGCUCACAAGUCAGUGCAAAAUCAGAGAAAAACAUGGCUGAUUUUGAUGGUGAAGAAUCUGGCUGUGAAGAAGAAUUGGUGCAGAUCAAUUCACAUGCUGAACUAACCUCUCACCUCCAACAGCACCUUCCUAACCUGGCUUCUAUAUACCACGAGCAUCUGAGUCAGGGUCCCUCAGUCCACAAACACCAGUACAACAGCAAUGCUGUGGUUGAUAUAAAUCUGGAUAAUGUUUGCAAGAAAGGAAACACUCUGCUUUGGGACCUGGUGCAGGAUGAGGAUGCGAUUCACCUGUCUGAAGGCUUGAUAAACGAAGCCGAGAAACUCCUGUGCUCCUUGGUGUGUUGGUUCACUGACAGACAGAUCAGAAUGCGCUUCAUUGAGGGCUGCUUGGAAAAUCUUGCCAAUAACAGGUCGGUUGUUGUGUCCCUGCGACUUCUUCCAAAGUUAUUUGGAACCUUUCAACAAUUUGGAAGCAGUUAUGAUACUCACUGGAUAACAAUGUGGGCAGAGAAAGAGCUGAAUAUGAUGAAGUUAUUCUUUGACAACUUGGUACACUACAUUCAGACUAUCCGAGAUGGACGGCACAAGCAUGCCCUGUACAGCCAUAGCGCAGAGGUUCAAGUUCGUCUUCAAUUUUUAACGUGUGUCUUCUCCACCUUGGGUUCGCCGGAUCAUUUCAGGAUGAGUUUAGAGCAGGUGGACAUUCUGUGGCACUGUCUGGUGGAAGAUUUGGAGUGUUUUGAUGAUGCGUUGCACUGGUUCUUGAAUCAAGUCCGUAGCAAAGAUCAGCACGCGAUGGGAAUGGAAACCUACAAGCAUCUUUUCCUGGAAAAGAUGCCACGAUUAAAACCUGAAACUAUAAGCAUGACCGGUUUGAACCUUUUUCAACAUUUGUGCAACCUGGCCCGCUUGGCAACUAGUGCUUAUGAUGGCGGCUCAAAUUCUGAGUUAUGCGGCAUGGACCAGUUCUGGGGCAUUGCUUUACGGGCACAUUCUGGAGAUGUCAGCCGAGCAGCAAUCCAGUAUAUUAACUCGUAUUACAUUAAUGGUAAAACAGGGUUGGAGAAGGAGCACGAGUUUAUUAGUAAAUGUAUGGAGAGCCUUAUGAUCGCCUCUAGUAAUCUGGAACAGGAUUCCCAGUCAAGUCUCACUAUCAUUGAACGGGGACUCCUGAUGCUGAAAACACACCUUGAAGCUUUCCGGAGAAGGUUUGCAUAUCAUCUAAGACAGUGGCAAAUUGAGGGCACCGGUAUCAGCAGUCAUUUGAAGGCACUAAAUGAUAAGCAGUCCUUGCCAUUAAGAAUAGUCUGCCAGCCGGCGGGGCUUCCUGAUAAGAUGACCAUAGAGAUGUACCCCAGUGACCAAGUAGCUGACCUGCGAGCAGAAGUCACCCACUGGUAUGAGAAUUUGCAGAAAGACCAGAUGAACCAACAGGCACAGCUCCAGGAGUUUGGACAAAGUAGUCGUAAAGGAGAUUUUCCUGGUGGCCUAAUGGGACCAGUUCGAAUGAUUUCAUCUGGCCAUGAGCUGACGACAGACUAUGAUGAAAAAACUCUGCAUGAGCUUGGCUUUAAGGAUAUGCAGAUGGUGUUUGUGUCCUUGGGUGCACCACGUCGGGAAAGAAAAGGUGAAGGUGUUCAGCUGCCUGCGUCCUGCCUUCCUCCUCCCCAAAAGGAAAACAUCCCAAUGCUUUUGCUUCUACAAGAACCUCAUCUCACUACAUUGUUUGAUUUGCUUGAAAUGUUGGCCUCUUUCAAACCACCUUCAGGUGAAAUGGCCAUGGAGGACGUAGAGAGUAUUAGAUGUGAAGAACUUCACCUACAUGCGGAGAAUUUGUCCAGGCGUGUGUGGGAGUUGCUGAUGUUGCUUCCAACCUGUCCAAAUAUGUUGCAGGCAUUUCAGAAUCUUUCGGAUGAGCAGGGGGCUGAUGGACCUUGCUGGAAAGACCUUCUCCGAAUUAAAAGUGCUCAUAAACUCCUUUAUGCCCUGGAAAUUAUUGAAGCUUUGGGAAAACCAAAUAGGAGAAUAAGGAGAGAGUCUACGGGUAGCUACAGCGAUUUAUAUCCGGACUCAGAUGAUUCAAGUGAAGAUCAGAUAGAAAACAGCAAAAACACGUGGAGCUGCAAGUUUGUGGCUGCAGGGGGUCUACAACAACUGAUCGAGAUAUUUAAUUCUGGCAUUUUGGAGCCCAAAGAGCAAGAAUCAUGGACUGUGUGGCAACUGGACUGUUUAGCGUGCUUGCUAAAGUUGAUAUGUCAGUUUGCUGUGGAUCCAACAGAUCUGGAUCUGGCAUACCACGAUGUCUUUGCCUGGUCAGGGAUCUCCGAGAGCCACCGCAAAAGGAAUUGGCCAGGGAAAUCCAGAAAGUCCACUGGAGAUCACUCAAAGGGCCUCCACAUACCCCGUCUAACCGAGGUGUUUUUGGAUCUUGUCCAAGGGACCUGUCUGAUUCAGAGGUUAAUGUCGGUUGCAUACACGUAUGACAAUUUAGGCCAGAGGGUGCUGAAGGCGCAGUCAGACCACCGAUCCAGGCAUGAAGUUACCCAUUACUCGAUGUGGCUCUUGGUUAGCUGGGCUCAUUGCUGCUCUGCUGUGAAAUCCAGCCUUGCAGACAAUGAUCACUUACAAGACUGGCUCAAAAAAUUAACGCUCCUUAUUCCAGAGACUGCGGUUCGUCACGAGUCCUGUAACGGGCUGUACAAGCUUUCACUUUCUGGUCUCGAUGGCGGGGACUCGAUCAACAGGUCAUUCUUACUUCUGGCUGCAUCUACUCUGUUAAAGUUCCUUCCGGAUGCCCAGGCUCUGAAACCUGUUCGGGUGGAGGACUACGAGGAAGAAACUAUUUUACGACCCGGAAGUAAAGAAUAUUUUUGGUUACUGUGUAAACUGAUUGAUAAUAUUCAUGUCAAAGAUGCCAGCCAGACAACACUGCUUGAUUUGGAUGCCUUGGCAAGACACUUGGCAGACUGCAUUCGCAGCCGAGAGAUCCUUGACUACCAAGAUGGAAAUGUAGAAGAUGACGGUAUGACAGGACUCCUUAGACUCGCAACCAGUGUUAUCAAACAUAAGCCCCCGUUUAAAUUUUCCAGGGAGGGACAGGAGUUCCUCAGAGAUAUUUUUAAUCUCUUGUUCCUGCUGCCAAGCCUGAAGGACAGAUUGCAGCCAAAAUGUAAAUCCCACUCGUCUCGAGCUGCUGCGUACGACCUGUUGGUGGAAAUGGUGAAAGGCUCUGUCGAGAAUUACAGGCUGUUGCACAACUGGGUUAUGGCGCAGCACAUGCAGUCUUCUCAUGCCCCUUAUAAAUGGGACUAUUGGCCCCAUGAUGAUGUGAGAGCCGAGUGCAGGUUCGUUGGCCUCACCAAUCUUGGAGCAACCUGCUACCUGGCAUCUACCAUUCAACAGCUGUUCAUGAUACCCGAGGCCAGACAAGCCAUCUUUACCGCAAAGUAUUCUGAGGACAUGAAGCACAAAACUACUUUAUUGGAGCUCCAAAAGAUGUUUACGUAUUUGAUGGAAAGUGAAUGCAAAGCUUACAAUCCAAGACCAUUCUGCAAGACGUACACGAUGGAUAAGCAGCCUCUUAAUACUGGCGAACAGAAGGACAUGACAGAGUUCUUUACAGAUUUAAUCACUAAAAUCGAAGAAAUGACUCCUGAACUGAAAAACACUGUAAAGAGUUUAUUCGGUGGCGUCAUUACGAACAAUGUUGUUUCUUUGGAUUGUGAACAUGUAAGCCAGACAGCUGAAGAAUUUUACACCGUCAGAUGUCAGGUAGCAGACAUGAAGAACAUUUAUGAGUCUCUGGAUGAAGUUACCAUCAAAGACACACUAGAAGGGGACAACAUGUACACGUGUUCCCAGUGCGGCAAGAAGGUGCGAGCUGAGAAAAGAGCAUGCUUUAAGAAAUUACCACGGAUAUUAAGCUUUAACACUAUGCGGUACACAUUUAAUAUGGUCACCAUGAUGAAAGAAAAAGUCAAUACGCAUUUCUCCUUCCCUCUGCGUUUGGAUAUGACGCCAUAUACAGAAGAUUUUCUCAUGGGAAAGAAUGAGCGAAUAGAAGGUUUAAAAGAAGACGGUGAAGAAAUGAGAGAGGCAGAGAGCUACGAGUAUGAUUUAAUAGGAGUGACUGUUCAUACCGGUACAGCCGAUGGCGGCCAUUACUACAGCUUCAUUAAGGACAUAGUGAAUCUGCACGCUUACAGGAAUAACAAGUGGUAUCUCUUCAAUGAUGCGGAAGUGAAGCCGUUUGAUUCUGCUCAGCUUGCAUCUGAAUGUUUUGGUGGAGAAAUGACUACCAAGACAUACGACUCUGUGACUGAUAAGUUCAUGGACUUUUCCUUUGAAAAGACACACAGUGCAUAUAUGUUGUUCUAUAAGCGCGUGGAGCCGGAGGAGGAAAAUAACAAGGAGUUCAAGUUUGAUGUUUCUUCUGAGCUUCUAGAGUGGAUCUGGCAUGAUAACAUGCAGUUUCUGCAGGACAAGAACAUUUUUGAGCAUACAUAUUUUGGGUUUAUGUGGCAGCUGUGCAGUAGUAUUCCAAGCACAUUACCGGACCCGAAAGCAGUGUCUCUAAUGACUGCAAAGCUUAGUACAUCAUUUGUGUUGGAGACUUUUAUCCAUUCUAAAGAAAAGCCCACAAUGCUCCAGUGGAUUGAAUUACUGACAAAGCAAUUCAACAACAGCCAAGCAGCCUGUGAGUGGUUCCUGGACCGCAUGGCUGAUGAUGACUGGUGGCCUAUGCAGAUUUUGAUCAAGUGCCCAAAUCAGAUUGUGAGACAGAUGUUUCAGCGUCUGUGUAUUCAUGUCAUUCAGAGACUGAGACCUGUACACGCUCAUUUGUACCUGCAGCCAGGCAUGGAAGAUGGUUCCGAUGAUAUGGAUGGGCCUGUGGAAGACAUUGGAAGCCGCUCUUGCGUAACCCGUUUUGUGAAGACCUUACUCUCCAUUAUGGAGCAUGGCGUAAAGCCACACAGUAAACAUCUGACGGAGUAUUUUGCCUUUCUCUACGAAUUUGUCAAAAUGGGAGAAGAAGAGAGCCAGUUCUUGCUGUCACUACAAGCCAUAUCAACCAUGGUGCAUUUUUACAUGGGAACCAAGGGUCCUGAAAAUCCACAGGUUGAAGUGUUGUCCGAGGAAGAAGAAGGUGAGGAAGAGGAGGAGGAAGAUAUCUUGUCAUUAGCUGAAGAAAAGUACAGACCGGCAGCCCUUGAAAAGAUGAUUGCUCUGAUAGCGUUCCUGGUGGAACAAUCUCGCUCUGAAAGGCAUCUUACUCUGUCUCAGAAUGACAUGGCUGCCUUGACAGGCGGAAAGGGUUUUCCCUUUCUGUUUCAACAUAUACGUGAUGGAAUCAACAUCCGGCAGACUUGUAACCUGAUUUUUAGCCUUUGCAGAUACAAUAAUCGCCUUGCCGAGCAUAUUGCAUCCAUGCUUUUCACAUCCAUAGCAAAGCUUACUCCAGAGGCUGCAAAUCCUUUCUUCAAGCUGCUGACAAUGAUAAUGGAGUUUGCUGGUGGCCCUCCGGGGAUGCCGCCUUUUGCUUCUUACAUUUUACAAAGGAUAUGGGAGGUGAUAGAGUAUAACCCCUCUCAGUGCCUGGACUGGCUGGCAGUUCAAACUCCACGCAAUAAGCUGGCACACAGCUGGGUAUUGCAGAACAUGGAAAACUGGGUAGAGCGCUUCCUACUGGCACACAAUUACCCAAGAGUGAGAACAUCUGCAGCCUACCUCUUGGUUUCAUUGAUUCCAAGCAACUCAUUCCGUCAGAUGUUCCGGUCCACACGCUCACUUCACAUUCCCACAAGAGACCUUCCCCUUAGCCCAGACACAACUGUGGUUCUUCAUCAAGUUUAUAAUGUCCUCUUGGGCCUCCUUUCAAGAGCCAAGCUCUAUGUCGAUGCUGCUGUUCAUGGUACCACCAAGCUGGUCCCAUACUUCAGCUUCAUGACGUACUGUUUGAUUUCUAAAACUGAGAAACUCAUGUUUUCCACCUACUUCAUGGAUUUGUGGAACCUGUUCCAACCUAAGCUCUCUGAGCCAGCCAUAGCAACAAAUCACAACAAGCAAGCCCUGCUUUCUUUUUGGUACAAUGUCUGUGUUGACUGCCCGGAAAAUGUCCGCCUUAUUGUUCAGAAUCCAGUGGUGACAAAAAAUAUCGCCUUUAACUACAUUCUGGCAGAUCACGAUGACCAAGAUGUAGUCCUUUUCAAUCGAGGAAUGCUGCCAGCUUAUUACGGAAUCCUGCGCAUGUGCUGUGAGCAGUCUCCUGCCUUUACCCGUCAGCUUGCCUCCCACCAAAAUAUUCAGUGGGCCUUCAAGAACCUCACUCCUCACGCCAGCCAAUACCCUGCGGCCGUUGAAGAGCUCUUUAACCUCAUGCAGCUAUUUGUAGCCCAGAGGCCGGAGAUGAGAGAAGAAGAACUUGAGGAUAUUAAACAGUUUAAGAAAACUACCAUCAGCUGCUAUUUGCGUUGUCUGGAUGGCCGCUCCUGCUGGACAACGUUAAUAAGUGCCUUCAGAAUCUUAUUAGAGUCUGAUGAAGAUAGACUUCUCGUUGUGUUUAACAGAGGGUUAAUUUUAAUGACCGAGUCCUUUAAUACGCUGCACAUGAUGUACCACGAAGCCACAGCCUGCCAUGUAACUGGAGAUUUGGUGGAACUUCUGUCAAUAUUUCUUUCGGUCCUUAAGUCCACGCGUCCGUAUCUGCAGAGAAAAGAUGUGAAGCAAGCGUUAAUUCAGUGGCAAGAGAGGAUUGAAUUUGCUCAUAAACUCUUAACCUUGUUAAAUUCUUACAGCCCGCCUGAACUGCGAAAUGCAUGCAUAGAUGUGCUAAAAGAACUUGUGCUGCUGAGUCCUCAUGAUUUUCUGCACACACUCGUUCCGUUUUUACAGCACAACCAUUGCACGUACCAUCACAGUAACAUCCCAAUGUCAUUUGGUCCCUACUUUCCGUGCCGUGAAAAUAUGAAACUGAUUGGAGGCAAAAGCAAUAUGCGUCCACCUCGCCCAGAGCUUAAUAUGUGCCUCCUGCCAACCAUGGUGGAGUCCAGCAAGGGAAAGGAUGAUGUGUACGAUCGCAUGCUGCUCGACUACUUGUCCUCCUACCACCAGUUCAUUCAUCUUCUCUGCCGCGUAGCAAUCAACUGUGAAAAGUUUACAGAGACGUUAAUUAAGCUGAGCGUUCUGAUUGCUUAUGAAGGCCUCUCCUUACAUCUUGCAUUAUUUCCCAAACUCUGGACAGAGCUCUGCCAAACACAGUCUACAAUGGCAAAGAAUUGCAUGAAGCUUUUGUGCGAAGAUCCCGUUUUCGCAGAGUAUAUUAAAUGUAUUUUAACGGACGAAAGGCUUUUUCUCAACAACAACAUUGUGUACACGUUCCUGACUCAUUUCCUUAUGAAGGUCCAGAAUCAGGUGUUUUCUGAAACGAAUUGUGCAAACCUCAUUAACACGAUAAUCACAAAUCUCAUCAACCAGUAUCAGAAUGUGGAGUCUGACCUCAUCAACAUUGUUGAAAUUUCCAAAGCAAGCUGCACUUUAAAUGGGGAUCUCCGGGCACUGGUUCUUCUUCUUUCUGUCCACACUCCAAAACAGCUUAACACAGCCUUAAUUCCAACAUUACAAGAACUCUUGAAUAAAUGCAGGGCCUGCCAACAGCAGAGAAACUCACUGCAGGAGCAAGAGGCCAAAGACGGCAAAACGAAAGAUGAUGAAGGUGCUACUCCGGUGAAGAGGAGGAGGGUUAGUAGCGAUGAGGAACACAUGGUGGAAGGCUGCAUCACAGAUAUCAAAAACGAGCGAGAAGCAUCCACCCCAACGAGCACGUCUGACAACGAAACCAGAGACUCUUCAAUCAUUGACCCAGGAACUGAGCAAGAUCCUCCCUCCCCGGAAAAUAGUUCUGCUAAAGAAUAUCGGCUGGAAGCGUCUUCGUCGUUUUCAGAAGACAUACUGCUGCCUGCUAGGCCAGAGCAAACCGAAGAGCAGCCAGGUACUAGCGGAAAAUAUGAAGAAAGCAAAGAAAUGAAAGAUGUAGAGAGUCCUAAAGACACUAAUGUGACUGACGAAGACCAAGAGCUUCCUUGCACCUCUAUUUCUGCAGUGUUGACUAGCUUGGCUGACCUGAGAGGCUGUGAGGGUCAGCCUUUGUCGGCCCAGGAUCCAGAGCUGAGCUUGUCUCUGAAUUGUGACCAUUCCAGGGGACUUUUUAGUCACGUCCAACAAAAUGACGUUUUAGAUACCCUGUGCAGGACCAUCGAGUCCACAAUUCUUGUCGUUUCAAGGAUAUCAGGAAAAGAAAACAAAGCUGCUUCUUGACAUUAGUUGUAGCAUGUCUGCUUUUAAGUCUUUUUAUUAUUUUGUUUUAUUUGUUUUCUUUUUUUUUUAAAGAAAAGUUUGUAUACAAGUUUUUGCAUUUCUUUCUGUUUUGUGCUUCAGUUUGUCAAGUGCUUUCUGCUUGAAUGGCAAAAUAGAUUUAUAUGCUUAAUUUUUUUGGUCAGGCAGAAGUUAAAUCAAAUACUUGCAUUCAGUACACAUUGUACAGGCCAAUCAGAAUGAGUAUGUUUUAUGUAAUUCAGGUUAACUGUAGUGGCUUCAUUUACUCUGGCCGCCUGGGGGUUUUCUUUGCCCAAUAUGAUGUAAUUUAAAGUUGUCAUUUUUACCGUGCAUAAUAUGGUGUCCUCUGUGCCAGUUUUGUACCUUAUAUUAGAGGCAGACUGCCUCAGAUCGCUGUGGUUCUUACUAUCAAAAUUAAGUUUACUUGUACUAAACCACAAGAAAUUUGAUUCUGUAAAGAAUCCUCUCUAGCUGUGGCCUGGCAGUGAAAAUGGUGCUUUAUUUAACAGAAUACCUGUGGAGGGAAUAAAGCACAGUUGAUGUAAAAAAAAAAAAACACGCAAAGAAAAAAAAAAAAGACAAAAAACAAUAAUUGGUUUAUUUUAUUGAGAUGAUUGAUCGCUAUUCUGUGCACUUCAUUAAACUAAUUGUGAUGACUUUUCA